GCAUCCUGCAGCUUCUUUUCCUUCGAAGCAUGGUCCUUCGCUAUGCUGCCUGGAACCGGAGUUUACAGGGGCGGCCUUUUGCAUCGUCAUUGUAUUGAAGGAAAUCCCAACUUCGAACAGCUAGAUGACUUCGCGAAUGCUGAGAUCGAUGAGGAAGGCAACUUGACCCUGCAUGCAUGGGCAAGCAUUGUGUCAACUGCCGAAGGGCCACCAGCACCCUGGCCAACCGAAGUGCUUCUUCCAAUGAAUUGCAGAAUGCGCCUAAUUGAAGCUUGGUAUGGGCAUCCGUCUGACCCAAGUCGGCGAAUGGAUGUGACACAACGGGUUGCAGCUUUCAUGAAUGGCCACGAGAAUGUGGGAUCGCCGGGAUCAGGGUCUGUUGCCUGCAUUUGGGCCAUGGCUUCACCUGUCCAUACCUGUCCCACUGUCCAGGCACAUGACUGUGAUGAACUGUCCAGCCGUGUCCCAGAGCGAAGCUGAAUGCUGAGGCUUGGAGGAUUGCUGCGGCAGAAUUGCUAUCGACAUGGAAAGCUUUGCCUUCCUGCCACCUCUGAGUUCUGGGGCGAGGAUCCAGCACGCUUUGUGUGGAAGAAGUUGGUCGUGCGACUGCGCCCACGCUCAAAUUGAUCCAAAAA